CCAAGAAAAAUGGAAAACGAAACCUUUUGAAGAUGGAAAACGAAAGUUGGCGAUCAUAUGCUGAGUGACGUAGAGAAGGGGGCAGGACUUCACUGUAAAACAGCUUUUAUAAACAGCUGUGGAGCCACAGUACUGUACCAUUCGAGGUAGAGACCGAGCACCUGAAAAGACGUUUGCGGCAAAAGACAACCUUUGGCAGCCGAUCGAAUUUUAUUCUGUGCGCUACGACUUUAUUUGAGAUAAAGCAGCGGCUCAACACAUCUGCUUGCAAUGGAGCUGACAAUCAAAUUCAUGGAAGGAACGACUUUUACCCUGUCUGUAAAUCCGGGCGUCACCGUUGGUGAGCUGAAGAGGGUGAUCGCCCACAAGGCGAACGCGCUGCACAGUAACCAGCGAUUGGUCGUGCAGAACGGGAGCAGAAGAGAUCUCGACGACGACACGAAGACCCUGAGUGCAUAUGGACUGAGAUCCGGAGACGUCGUCGCGGUUCUCGUCAUCGCCGAGCAACGACCCUUCCAGAUCUUCCUGAGGAACGACAGGGGUCAGACGCACACCUACGACGUAACCCCUGAUAUGACCGUGAAAAAGUUUAAAUCCAAAGUUCACGAGGUGGAGAGAGUUCCUGUAGACCAACAAAGGCUCAUCUUUGGAGGCAUACAGAUGGAAGAUGGCAAGACCCUGGAGUAUUACAAGAUCAAGCCAGAGUCCACUAUAUUUUUAGACCUUCGUCUGAGAGGCGGUUAAUUGUUAUAGACGAGCUUGUUUGUUUCCCACUAUAAAGACUUCUCUCGAUGUUUAACGUAUUAAUAGUACCAUUCCUGAGCGAAAAAUAGACUUCUGUUUGUAUUUUUCAUUGAAGCGGGGGUGCUAAUUGGGAGCCAUUUCUUGAUGACGGCUCCUCCGGUUUAAAAUCCAUGAAAAAAUAGUAUAUGACGUUUGUCUUAAUACCGUAUUUAUAGUAAACUUAUAAAAAAAAGUCUUAUUUUUUUAUUUGUAUUCACAAUUCUAUGGUGUAAAUUAUUAUUUUUUCAUUUGGUUUCCCGUGGCUGUAUUAAUGUACGAACAAGAAUAGAAGUCUGUUUAUCAGUUUAAACCGGGGUUCACUAGUUCUGGUCCUGGAGAGUUUUAGUGUUAUAGGGCACAUGUUUUUAAAGACUGACAACUAAUCUGUUGGCAUCUGCUCUCUAUACUUUUGCUUUUACUGUGUUAAAGAUUAAUGCUUGUAUAUUGCUUAUAUUUUAAAUAAAAUAUAGUAUAUGGAUAAAAAUCCAUGGAAGUCAA